UAAACAAAUAAACAAACAAAUAAAUAAAUAAAUGGAGGUGAAAACAUAACCUCUUCUAACACAGAUGGUGGAGAUCAUAAAGUGCUUUGAUGACGUUACUGUUCCCACCGCGGAGCACAUCCAGAACUGCUUUAUUCCUUUUACACCACAGCAGCAGCACUCCUCCUCCUCCUGCUGCUCUGCCUCCUCCUCUUCCUUCUCCUGCUCUGCCUCCUCCUGCUCUGCGUCCUCCUCCUGCUCCUCCUGCUCUGCCUCCUCCUGCUCUUUCUCCUCCUGCUCUGCCUCCUCCUGCUCUUUCUCCUCCUGCUCUUCCUCCUCCUGCUCCUCCUGCUCUGCCUCCUCCUCUUCCUUCUCCUGCUCUGCCUCCUCCUUCUCCUGCUCUGCCUCCUGCUCUUCCUUCUCCUCUUCCUCCUGCUCUGCCUCCUCCUGAUCCUCCUCCUGCUCUGCCUUCUCCUCCGCCUCCUGCUCUGCCUUCUCCUCCUCCUCCUGCUCUGCCUCCUGCUCUUCCUCCUUUUCCUGCUCUGCCUCCUGCUCUUCCUGCUCCUCCUCCUCCUGCUCUGCCUCCUCCUGAUCCUCCUCCUGCUCUGCCUCCUCCUCCUGCUCUUCCUGCUCCUCCUCCUCCUGCUCUGCCUCCUCCUCUUCCUUCUCCUGCUCUGCCUCCUGCUUCUCCUGCUCUUCCUCCUCCUGCUUCUCCUACUCCCCCUCCUCUUCUUCCUUCUCCUCCUGCUUCUCCUCCUGUUUCUCCUCCUCCUGCUCUUCCUUCUUCUCCUGCUCCUCCUCCUGCACCUCCUCCUGUUCUGCCUCAUGCUCCUCCUCCUGAUCCUUCUGAUGCUUCUCUUCCUGUUUCUCCUCCUGAUCCUCCUCCUCCUGUUUCUCAUCCUUCUCCAGCUUCUCCUCCUGCUCUUCCUGGUUCUCCUCCUCCUGAUCCUCCUCCUCCUGUUUCUCCUCCUCAUGCUCCUCCUCAUGCUCUUCCUGCUGCUCCUCCUCAUGCUCCUCCUCCUUUGACAACAAUUACAGUGUUUACAUUUAUUGAAAAAUAAAUAACGUGACGUGAUAAUAACAUGCUGACACAUUUUUACCCAUUUAUAGUUAUAUUUAAACGUUCGUUCCUGUUCAGUUACGUUGGAGCAAAACCACAAAAACAGUCGUUGCACUUGUUGCACUCAAGAAAGUGUAAAAACUCCUCUGUCCUGAAGAUGUCGUAAGAUUCCCCUUUGGCUGUUACAAAGUGCUGACACUGGAGACUCCUUCCAUAAACGUUAAAUAAACAAACAUCCCCUUACAGAAAACUAUGCCGUGUUAAUGAAGUCUGUGUGAACGAGGCGCUGUUACUAUGGAAACGAUAACAUAUUAGAACGAGGGCGUUAAUAUAAACCUCAUGUUGUGAUUUGCAGUUGAGCGAAACUGAAUUAAAAAGAGGGUGAAAAAGAAAGACAAGAAAGUUAUUGUGUUCUGUAGGCGUUUUGUCUGUGAAGUGGUGAGAUGAUCGGUCAGGGUCCUCAGAUCAGCGUAGCGCCGGCUUUUUCCCCCUCAGUGACUCCUGCACACAAAUGUGCUGAUUUGUGGACAAACUGCAAAAUCAGCACCAAACCAACACCUGAGUGGGGAUUUCUUUUUUUUUUUUUUAAGUUGACAAAUGUUGCAUAAAUACUUUGGAAUGUAUCAGAGGGAACAUUGUGUGCAUUGAGAUCUGAGAAGCUCCUCAGAUUUUCCCCAGACGUUUAAAUAACGCGUAUAAAGCUGCAUUGGACGUGAAUCAAAUAUUGUCCCACCCCUAGGGUCCCUAGAUACGGUACUUGGAUCGGUCAUGUACACUAAGGAGCACAUUUGUGCAGGCGAAGCACAGCUCAGGUUCUUCUGUGGUUCCUUGUGUCUGUGCUCCAGAGAUCUCGCACUCCGUGAACUUUGGGAUGUUUUACCACAAGCAGGCUGUAAUUAGUCAACAGACGAGGCCCAGAUGAGGUUAUCAGAGGAACCUUGAGCUACAGACAAGUUAGACUGUCACGUUUGAGCUUCAUGUUGCAUCUCUGCACUUUACCUUGAAACUUCUUUCUGGAGCUUCACCCUCCAGGAGCUCGUAAAGCCCUGACACUGGAGACUCCUUCCAUCAGUCCAUCAGAAAACUUCACCAUAAUGAACUGCUGUUAGUGAAUGAAUCACUUUUAGACCAA